AAUUUCCAGGAGCCUCAUGUAGCCUUCUUCUUCCUUUAGAUGAUGCAGAAUUUGCUGUUGGAAGAAGGGGGCUUGGUUCAGGUGGAGAGUGUCAACCUUCAAGUGGCCACGUACUCCAAAUUCCAGCCUCAGAGCCCUGACUUCCUGGACAUCACCAACCCCAAAGCGGUAUUAGAAAACGCCUUGAGAAACUUUGCCUGUCUGACCACAGGGGAUGUGAUUGCCAUCAACUACAAUGAGAAGAUCUAUGAACUACGGGUGAUGGAGACGAAGCCUGAUAAGGCCGUGUCCAUCAUUGAGUGUGACAUGAACGUGGACUUCGAUGCCCCCCUGGGCUAUAAGGAGCCUGAAAGACAAGUCCAGCAUGAGGAGUCCGCCGAGGGCGAAGCUGACCACAGCGGCUAUGCUGGAGAGCUGGGCUUCCGUGUGAGUACCAGGCCACAGUUUUACUUUCUGUGCUCCCACCGUGCCAUCUGGGGGCCUCUGCAGGGAUUGGGCCUGCGGUUUUUGUGCACGCACGUAUCUGGCACUUUUCUCAGUUACAUGGUCCUUUACAUCCACUUUCUCCUGGAAUCCUCCAAACAAUUCUAUAAGGCAGGAUUCAAUUUUUCUUCUUUUUUUCAAAAUUUCUAACCUACCAAAAAGUUA